AUGUUCGGCUUCCAGGACACAACUCUCCUUAGACAAAUGAAGGAGGAACCCCUUGGCUUAAGAGCACAUUGGGCACCGACUGUUGUUGACACCUCACCAGCCAGUGCUCAAUUGGCUCGAGCGCAUUUCGAGAAGCAUCCACCGAAUAAUCUACGAAAGAGUAAUUUUUUCCAUUUCGUUAUCGCAUUGUAUGAUCGAGCCGGGCAACCGGUCGAAAUUGAACGAACUCAAUUCGCGGAUUUUGUGGAAAAGGAACGCGAAGUGGACGGUCAAGAUACCCGCAAUGGUAUCCACUACAGACUAUGGCUUGCGUUCGCUAACGGUCUUCGAUCAGAACAAGAUCUCUACGUUCGCCUCAUCGAUAGUGUCUCGAAGCAGGCGAUCGCUUAUGAAGGACAAGAUAAAAAUCCAGAGAUGUGUCGAGUUCUACUAACACAUGAAGUGAUGUGUAGUCGUUGCUGUGAAAAGAAGAGUUGUGGAAAUCGAAAUGAAACACCAUCAGAUCCUGUUAUUAUCGAUCGGUUUUUUCUGAAAUUCUUCCUCAAAUGCAAUCAGAAUUGUUUGAAGAACGCUGGCAAUCCGCGAGAUAUGCGUCGAUUCCAGGUUGUUCUCGGUACAACAGCGCACGUCGAUGGCCCAUUGUUGGCAAUAUCGGAUAAUAUGUUCGUUCAUAAUAACUCGAAACAUGGCAGAAGAGCGAAACGACUCGACCCAUCCGAAGAUAUAUCUGAUGCGUCGGAUAUUGCUGUAACAACAAAUCCAGUUAUCAAAGCAAUUUGCCCGAGUGAAGGAUGGACACAAGGUGGCACUCCAGUUAUCAUUAUUGGUGAAAACUUCUUUGAAGGUCUUCAAGUUUCAUUUGGCCCAACAACGGUUUGGAAUGAGUCAAUUCAAAUAAUCACACCACACGCAAUGCGAGUUACAACACCACCACGUCAUAUGCCCGGUGUAGUUGAAGUCACUCUUUUAUACAAAUCAAAACAGCUGAAUCGAGGAAAUCCUGGUCGAUUCGUUUACAUCUCCUUAUCGGAGCCAAGUAUCGACUUUGGAUUUCAAAGGUUGCAGAAAUUAUUGCCAAAAUAUCCGGGAGAUCCGGAAAGACUUCCAAAAGAACUUAUAUUGAAGAGGGCCGCUGAAUUAGCAGAGGCACUUUACAAUAGUCAGCAGUUCACGCUACCACCUCCACGAACACCCGCUGAUCAAUUGUCACAUUAUGCAUCUGCGUAUACAGCACAAUUUGAUGCAAAUACAGAUUAUACACGCUCACAUACAUCACCAAGAGCAUUGCCAGCCUACGGUAGCGGCGCCGUGCCUCAUUCGUUAUCAUCCGCUGUCUACCAGGGCACCUAUUCAGCAUCGAUGAGUGCCUCACCUGCUGCCCAAUUUCUUAACGCUCCUUCAAGCUUUGCACCGUUUGGAGCUGUAAAUCCGUUUACCGCAUCGUUACAAACAACCACAAGGCUUGCUUGA